UCGACCACUGCAGUCCGACCGUCGUGUCCUCACGCGUCCAGAAGACUAUGUAUGUCCUUGCGGCGGGUCGUCUCUGCGACUCUGCGAUAUUGACCUUGGCGCGCCGAGAUGCGGAGCAUUCACACAUGCGGGGGACUUGUCGUCUGUGUCCUGUGUCCAUUCGGGAACACAAUCAUCCCCGACCUCGACGGCCAGCCUCUGAGUCCAUCACUUCCACUAGUCUACCCUUCACUUGACACCCUCACGUCCGCCAUGGCUAUGGAUCGCGUAAAGCAGUUGGUGUCGCACAUGUCAGGGUCGUCCAAGGGCGUCGCUGCCCUGGAGCGCAAGAGUCCUGAGGACGUGGUCGUCACCAUGGCCAUUCGCUCUCCGCUGUGCAAGGCGAAGGGCGGAGGGUUUAUGUACACCAAGAGCGACGAGCUCCUGACGGAAAUGUUCAAGAAAGUUGUGGUACUUUCAAAGGUCGAUCCUAAGCUAAUUGGAGACAUCGCCGUUGGUACUGUUCUUUCGCCCGCCGCUACCUACCAAGCCCGGUGUGCCGCCCUGGUUGCUGGCAUUCCCGAUUCCGUUCCCAUCCAGACGCUUAACCGCUUCUGCUCGUCCGGCCUCAUGGCCGUGACUGACAUCUCGAACAAGAUACGUGCUGGUCAGAUUGAGGUUGGUCUGGCCAUUGGCUUCGAGAGCAUGUCACAAAACCCGGAUAACGGGGCGCCUGCAUACAGCGACGCGGUUAAUGCGCACACUGCAGCGUACGAAGCGACACUGCCUAUGGGCUGGACGUCCGAGAACGUCGCUGGUGACUUUGGCAUCUCGCGCGACGCCAUGGACGAGUGGGCUGCAAUAUCAUUCCAGCGAGCCGAAAAGGCAGACAAGGCGGGCUACUUCGAAAAGGAGAUCGUGCCCUUCACCGUAUACGACAAGCCGGAUCCCGAGACGGGCAAGCGUGAAGCGAAAGUGGUGGCGAAGGACGACGGGAUUAGGCCGGGGACGACGAAGGAGAAGCUUCAGAAGAUUCGCGCGGCGUUCCCGCAGUGGAAGCCGUCCCAGACGACGGGCGGGAAUGCGAGUCAGAUCACCGACGGUGCGGCAGCGGUGAUGCUCAUGACGAGGAGGAAGGCGGAAGAGCUAGGGUUGCCGAUUGUGGCGAAGCACAUUACGACCGCAGUGACCGGCCUGGCACCGCGUGUGAUGGGCAUCGGGCCGUCUAUAGCUAUCCCCAUGGCGCUCGCGCAGGCUGGCAUAACGAAGGAGGAUGUUGACCUAUUUGAGGUGAACGAGGCUGGGCUUGAUCCCGAGAAAGUCAACGUGAACGGUGCGACAGGCCUGAACGAACUCUCGAGGAGAAAAGGCAAGAUUCUGGUGACCUCGAUGUGUAUUGGAACCGGCAUGGGUGCCGCAGGCGUGUUUGUCGGCGAGCAGUAAGUAGUGAUGGUGGAGUUUCGCCCAGCCCUUGACGACAUCUGCAUGCAUGUAUCCACCUGUGUAUUUCUGGAUUCGAGCGUCCCCGGAGUUCCGAGCGGUUUUGCGAUGAAGUUUAUCUCAACAUGUUGCGAGUUUGCCACUGCCAUGAAGCCUUUCUCAUGUUGCAGCCGAUUGUGUACCGAAUUACGACAGCUGGUGCAGCGCUGCAAGUGCGGCCAUGCCCACCCAGAUCAGAGUGGUAUCACACGAGAAUGAGGGCGAG